GUUCCUCAACAACAUGAACUGCACGCCGCUGGCUUACCGUGAUCGCCAGGAGCAAAAGCAGAGCCAGAAUGCGGAUGCCAACGCCACCGACGCCGCUGGUGACACCGCUUCGGCUGCGGAGCCAGUUGCCGUACCGCUCCUCACAACCAAUCUUCCAACAAUACUGCAGGUGGACUACAUGCCCAUCAUCUACCGCCGCCCGGUCCCGGCCAACACCAGCGCUGCCGGCAGCAACGCCAGUGCUGCGCCGUCUGGCCCACCUGCUGCCGUCGCGGCGGGCAGCGACAACGGCAGCGCUGCGGCGGCUGCUGGCACGGGAUCCACGCCAGGGGCGAUCACGAGUGAAGAGUUGUUUGUUAGCGCCUACACUCAGAUGUUCAUAAGGAUCAAGAACCUAAGCAGCCGCAGCGUCAUACCCCUCAAUGUUGUGAAGAUAGCGUACUGGUUUGAAGGUCCAAUUAGGGCCGGCGGCGCCUACAUCACGGCAGCAGGAACCACGGGUACCGGAGCGCCUGGCCCUACUACGGAU